UCUCAAACAUGGCGGCUAUCAGACUAGGGGAAGCCGGUUUCGGUGUGUGUCAUUGGAUGGGGCCCUUUACAGUUGCACUCUUCAUAUGGCUGUCUGUCACAUCUGUCAGAGGAGAUUCCAAAGCUGUGACAACAACACUCACCACAAAAUGGGCUUCUACUCCACUCCUGCUGGAAGCAAGUGAAUUUUUAGCUGAAGAAAGUGAGGAGCAGUUCUGGGAUUUUGUCGAAGUUAAUCAAGAAAUUGGAGAAGAUGACCGUGGAGAUUCGGAUUAUUCAUACUACCAUCUGAUUCUGAAGAGAGCCGCCCCAUUCCUCAGCCCACUGCAGCUCAACAUGCUCAAGUUUGCCUUGUCUCUGCGAGCGUACUCAGCUACGGUGCACUCCUUUCAGCAGAUUGCUGCUAAUGAAACACCUCCUCCAGGCUGCAAGGCUUUCUUCAGUGUUCAUGGAGAAAAAUCGUGCAACCCUGAAAGUUUAAGCGACAUGUUGGAGACGGCUUCAGAGAGGCCAAAGCCAUAUCUGUUUAAAGGCGACCACAAGUUCCCUGUCUCUAACCCUGAUGUUCCUGUGGUUAUUCUAUAUGCCGAAAUGGGAAGCAAAGAGUUUCCCAAGUUCCAUCAGCUGCUUGUUUCCAAGGCCAACCGUGGACAGAUUUCCUACGUUCUUCGCCAUUUCCUUGCGACUCCAAGUAACAAUAAGGUUUACCUCUCUGGAUACGGUGUAGAGCUGGCCAUCAAAAAUCAGGAGUACAAAGCCAAGGAUGAUACUCAGGUCCAAGGGGCUGAAGUGAAUGCUACAGUUAUUGGAGAGAAUGACCCAGUUGAUGAAGUCCAGGGAUUCCUCUUUGGAAAGCUGAAGACACUGUACCCAGAGCUUCAGGAGCAGCUGAAGGAACUGCGCAAGCACCUGGUGGAGAGCACCAAUGAGAUGGCCCCUCUGAAGGUCUGGCAGCUGCAAGACCUCAGUUUCCAGACAGCUGCUCGGAUCUUGGCUGCCCCCUCUGUGGAUGCCCUGAUGGUUAUGAGGGACCUGAGCCAGAACUUCCCAACUAAAGCCAGAUCCAUAACAAAAACUGUGGUAAACUCUGAAAUCCGAAAGGAAAUUGAGGAAAACCAGAAAUUCUUUAAAGGAACCUUGGGGCUCCAGCCUGGCGAUUCGGCACUUUUCAUCAACGGACUUCACAUUGAUCUGGACGUUCAGGAUAUCUUCAGCGUGUUUGACAUGCUGCGCAAUGAGGCGCGUGUAAUGGAAGGCCUCCGUAGUUUACUGAUCGAGACUCCUUUCAUUCAUGACAUCCUGAAGCUCAAUGUGCAGCCCUCGGACUCGGACUAUGCUGUGGACAUCAGAAACUCUGCCAUAUACUGGAUCAAUAACCUUGAGACAGACAGCAGGUACAAUUCAUGGAUGUCCAGUGUACAAGAGCUCCUGCGUCCUACCUUCCCUGGAGUUAUCCGACAGAUCAGGAAGAAUUUCCAUAACUUUGUUCUCCUUGUUGAUCCUACCCAUGAGAGCACAGGAGAGUUAAUGAGUGUUGCUGAAAUGUUCUUAAGCAAUAACAUCCCAUUAAGGAUCGGUUUGGUGUUUGUGGUGGAUGAUACUGAAGAUAUCGAUGGGAUGCACAACCCUGGAGUUGCUUUGCUGCGGGCUUUUAAUUACAUUGCUGAAGAAGAGGACAAUCAGCAUGCCUUUGAGGCUGUAACAACUAUGUACAGUCACAUUCCGACCGGAGAGAAGCUGAAAGUAGAGACUGUGAUUCAUUUUCUGGAGAAGCAGUAUCCCUACGUGGAAGUGAGCAGCAUUCUUGGAGCUGAUUCAGCAUAUGACAAAAAGAGGAAGGAGGAAAGACUUUACUAUGAGCAAACAGGAGUGGGACCUCUGCCAGUAGCUCUGUACAACGGCGUUCCCUAUCAGAGAGACCAGUUGGAGCCAGAUGAGUUGGAAACUGUCACCAUGCACAAGAUCCUAGAGACCACAAGCUUUUUUCAAAGAGCCGUCUACCUGGGUGAACUUUCUAGCGAUCAGGAUGUUGUGGAUUUUGUAAUGAGUCAACCAAAUGUUGUGCCCCGAAUAAAUUCAAGAAUUCUUUCUACCACUAGGCAGUAUCUGGAUUUAUCAAGCACAAACAAUCACUUUGUAGAUGACUACUCACGGUUCCUUUUCCUUGACUCCAAAGAGAAGAACGCAGCUGUGGCCAACAGCAUGAAUUACCUUUCAAAAAAAGGAAUGUCUUCCAGGGAAAUCUAUGACGACAGCUAUAUUCGGCCGGUAACCUUCUGGGUUGUGGGUGAUUUUGACCAUCCAUCCGGGCGACAGUUGUUAUAUGACUCAAUAAAACACAUGAAAACCAGUAAUAAUGUACGUAUUGGAAUGAUCAAUAACCCAACUGAAAGCCCUUCUAAUGAGACCAGCCGUGUUGCUCGUGCCAUCUGGGCUGCGAUGCAGACUCAAACAUCCAACAACGCCAAGAACUUCAUCACUAAACUUUCCAAGGAGGAGACUGCCAAGGCCCUGGAGUCAGGGGCUGAUAUUGCCGAAUUUGCAGUGGGAGGCAUGGAUAUCAAAUUGUUUAAGAGUAUGUAUGACUCUCCUAAGGUAGACUUCCUGCUCUCUCACUCUGCGUUCUGUCGAGAUGUGCUGAAGCUGCAGAAGGGUCAGAGAGCUGUGAUUAGCAAUGGGCGGAUCAUCGGGCCUCUUGGAGAUAGUGAGGUCUUCAAUCAAGAUGACUUCCUUCUUCUGGAAAGUAUCAUUCUGAAGACAUCAGGAGAGAGGAUCAAGAGUAAAAUCCAGCAGCUGGGAGUGGAGGAGGACCGAGCCAGCGAUCUAGUGAUGAAAGUAGAUGCUUUGCUGUCUUCUCAACCCAAGGGAGAGGCCAGGAUUGAGCACGCUUUCUUCGAAGAUAGGUACAGUGCCAUCAAGCUGCGACCCAAGGAGGAGGAGGUGUAUUUUGAUGUGGUGGCCGUAGUGGAUCCCGUGACCAGAGAUGCUCAGAAGCUGGCUCCUCUUCUUAUUGUUUUGAAGCAGCUGGUGAACAUCAACCUGCGAGUGUUCAUGAACUGUCAGUCCAAACUCUCCGACAUGCCACUGAAAAGUUUUUAUCGGUAUGUCUUGGAACCAGAGGUGUCCUUCAUGACCGAUAACAGUUUUGCUCCUGGACCAAUUGCCAAGUUUCUUGACAUGCCCCAGUCGCCCCUGUUCACACUCAAUCUGAACACCCCAGAAAGCUGGAUGGUAGAAUCGGUUCGCACACGUUACGAUCUUGACAACAUUUACCUGGAGGAGGUAGAGAGUGUGGUGGCAGCGGAGUAUGAGCUGGAGUACCUGCUGCUGGAGGGGCACUGCUUCGAUGUGACGACAGGACAGCCUCCUCGGGGGCUGCAGUUCACUCUGGGCACAACCUCGGACCCUGUCAUUGUGGAUACCAUUGUCAUGGCCAACCUGGGGUACUUCCAGCUGAAGGCCAAUCCUGGAGCUUGGGUUCUAAAAUUGAGAAAGGGCAGAUCAGAUGACAUCUACAAGAUUUACAGCCAUGAAGGAACAGAUUCCCCUCCAGAUGCUGAUGACCUGAUUGUAGUUUUGAAUAAUUUCAAGAGUAAAAUCAUCAAAGUCAAGGUCCAAAAGAAACCAGACAAAAUAAAUGAGGAACUUCUAAGCGAUGGAAGCCAUGAAAAUGAUUCUGGAUUUUGGGAGUCUUUAACAAGAGGAUUUACUGGUGGCAAAAAAACUGAAGAGGUGAAGCAGGAGAAAGAUGACGUUAUUAACAUUUUCUCUGUGGCUUCGGGACAUCUGUACGAAAGAUUCCUCAGAAUCAUGAUGCUGUCAGUCCUAAAACAUACAAAGACACCUGUGAAAUUCUGGUUCCUGAAGAAUUAUUUAUCUCCAACAUUUAAGGAGUUUAUUCCCUACAUGGCGGAGGAGUAUGGGUUCCAGUAUGAGCUGGUGCAGUAUAAGUGGCCCAGGUGGCUUCACCAGCAGACGGAGAAGCAGAGGAUCAUCUGGGGGUACAAGAUCCUCUUCCUGGAUGUGCUCUUCCCUCUGGCUGUGGACAAGUUUCUUUUCGUCGAUGCUGACCAGAUAGUGCGCACAGACCUGAAGGAGCUGCGAGAUUUUGACCUGGAGGGGGCGCCCUACGGUUAUACGCCAUUCUGUGAUAGUCGCAGGGAGAUGGAUGGCUACAGGUUCUGGAAAUCGGGGUACUGGGCUAGCCACCUCGCUGGAAGGAAAUACCACAUCAGUGCCCUGUAUGUAGUGGAUCUGAAGAAAUUCAGGAAGAUCGCUGCUGGAGACCGGCUGAGGGGACAGUACCAAGGUCUGAGCCAGGACCCCAACAGCUUGUCCAACCUGGAUCAGGAUUUGCCCAACAAUAUGAUCCACCAGGUGCCAAUUAAAUCCCUCCCCCAGGAGUGGCUUUGGUGUGAAACAUGGUGUGAUGACUCGUCCAAGAAAAGUGCCAAGACGAUUGAUCUGUGCAAUAACCCACAAACCAAAGAGCCCAAGCUGCAAGCUGCAGUGCGCAUUGUGGGAGAGUGGUCAUCCUAUGACCAGGAGAUCAAGAAGAUCUACAACAGGUUCCUGGAGGAGAAGGAAAAGGGGACCACUCCUGUCACCAAUGACACAACGCAGAUAAAAAAGCAAGGUUCUGUUGACCACACCGAGUUAUAGCCUGCAGUCGUGCAGGGGAGGAGGACAUUCGACUCUGUUUAAAGAGUUUUUCUUUUUACAAGACGUCUGUUUCCUGGAAUGAAUCCUGCAGACCUGCUGAAAGACUGCUACUGUCCUGAAUGCAAUUUUUAUGAUUUCUAUACUGUUGGGAGAGGGCAUUGGGUUUCUGUAUUUGUCCAUGUAAAAUGAAAGGGAAGGUGAAUUGUUGCUGAUCAGGCUCCAGGGCUGGGUAAAAUAAAAAUAAAACUCAAAAAUAGGUUAACUGCUCUACGUUAAUGUCCCCUUUUCUCUAGAGAAACCCAUCCUCUGUCUGUAGCUGUUUGCUUGUUUUUUUGCACAUUUAUCCUCUUAUCUGUCACUCACAGAAGCUGACAUCAGCACAGCUCACAGAUUAUGAUUAAACCCGAAAAUAAUUGCCAUAUUAUGAUAGAGCAGGAUCCAAAAUAACUAUGUGAGAUCCUUUACAAAUGCUUAAUAUUCAAGUAGUCAUUGAAAAGGCUCUAAAAUGAUUGAAAGCACAACAUCUGUUUUUGAAAGGGCAUUAAUAGGAACUAGAGACCGAAUAAUACCACUUUUUCACUUUAAAAUACCCAUUUAAACUGCUUUUGUGUACCUUUCUAGUGUUUGUGGAGCUUUUAUUUGCGUCAAAUAAGGUGCAUUUCCCCUUUUCAUAAGUGUCUUGUACAGUUUAAUGCUGUCACUUUUUAUUACCUCACGCUGUGUUUGCAGGGAUGCAAGGUUAAGAUAACAUACUGUCUUUUUAACUACAGACUGGAUUCUGGUUAAUCUCAUUGCAACAAUUGAAAGUUUUAUGAAUGUACAUCAACUCUCAUGCAGGUCCUUAUUUGUUUUUGUUAUUUUUAUUGAAUUUUGAUUUAUUUUAACUAUGAAAACAUUUAUUAUGACAAGUAGUGAUUAGACUAGAUCUAUAAUUGUCUUGGUUUUACCCAGCCCUUUUGAUGAAAUAAGGUUUACAUCUCAGGGAAGAUCUGAUUUGUCCUGUUUGUUAUGGUAGAGAAAAAGCCAAAAAUUCAGUGGAUUUUAUUAAAGCUCUUGCAGAGCAGAAAAGACCAACAUUAAUUUAAAAAAGCAAAACUAAACAUUGCACUUUGUCAUACAACAAAACUACUUUUUCAAGUGUGCCCUCUUAGUUAUGCCAGGAUACAAUACAGUUAAUGGACAUAUAUCAUUGUCACUUAGGCUUGAAAAGAUACAUGUUGAAUCAAUGACUGCAAUGUGAGAAGUGUAUAUUUUGGUUCUGUAACUAACCUAAAGCAGUCAUUCAUUUAGAGUCUCUGGCUGCAGAACAGGGAACAUUUUAGUUCCAAAAAAUCCUUUAAAACUUCCCCAGCAUUCUCAAUGUCCAGCAUCAUAAAUGUAUCUAUUGUCAAACAAAAUUCCUAAUUCUUUGCAUACCCCUAAAAGUAAUCACGCUGUGACAGAUUAUUCUAGUGCCUUGUCUAGUAAUUUACAGUCAACCCAUUAGAGCCUGAUAUAGAUCUUUGUUGAAAGAUUCUAAACUAACAGGUCCUCUCAUAAGUAAGAAUAUAGUUUAGUUCAUCAUAAAUUGUAAAAUAGAAGCAUUCCUUGGAGAAAAUGUUUAUUAAAACAUUUUGCAUGCUACUAAUCUGAACACUGAAGGACAGUUUUAACUUUGAGUUUUUAGCUAAGAUACCGUGAGCCCUUGUCUGCUCUGGUAGUCAGGAGAUCUACUUUGAAUAUUCUGGCUUGAGCUCAUACAUGUAAGAAGAGGCACCAUGCCUAAUUCUGCCAGCGCAAGCCACAGCUGGUUUUAAGUACCAUGAUUUAAAAUUCAGACUCCUCCCUCUUAGUCCUGUAAACAAGAAAAUCUCAGUGCAUCGUACAUGAACCCACAGCAUCCUUAUUUGUUGUCAUAAUCCAUUUUGAAUGGGCAGUUUUUCAGGGUAUGACAUCAAGUUUUGAAUGAAAAAUGUUUUUCAACUCAUCUCUUAAAACAUGGGUUUUGAGUACAUGCGAUCAGCUUUCCGUCUUUAAGCUUUACCUUAUCCCAGUGAUGGACAUUUUGCAUAUUUGUGAUUUAUUGAAAUAGAAUGUGAAUUAUUCACAAGCAAGUGGGGAAGAGUGAAAACCUACAAAGAAACUGUUAUGCAGUAAUAUACUCAGUGCAUUACAAAUGCAGCAAUUCUGUUGGUUCCACUACUCAGUUGUUGGGUUUAAAUGUGGCCUUAACUUUGCAGAAUCAUUCAGUAAGAUAAAUUGAGCUUCUUCAAACAACAUUCUUUGUAUGCAAGGUUAUCCUAACAGUGGGGACAAUUUUCUGAUCUGCAAAGACAGGGCCUUGACUUUGAUGUAAUAAAAUUAAUUUACAUGUGAAUAAUCUUUAUGGUCUGUGUUUGUUAUGCAUGUCUGUGGUGGUGUUGGGAAAUGAAGAAAUGUGGUUACUGGACCAGUAAAAUUGCAGUUUUUGACAAAUAUUUUGAAAUCACUUAAAUAUAGACAUCAUGUAAGGUACAGAGUAUGAUCUUGUUUUGUAGGAGGCCAUAGCUUCUCUAAAUCAUCAGAUUGAUACUAGCUUCAAAGCAAUUCUGCAGUUCAGCCAUUUUCUAUUGUCACUUCUUGUAAAAGCCAACAAGCAGAAUAAAAUGCACUGAGCAGUAGAUUAUAUCAAGGUCUCAAUAUUUUCAUAUUAAAUCUGACAAGGUUUUAACCUUAGUAUAUUGUUCAUGCUUUUCCACGCUACUGCUGUGCGACUAUUGACUGUAGGCUGUAGAUGAUCCGAAAAGACAAUCUUAUGUGACGAGUCUCAUUCCAGACAAUCCCUUCCUGUUUAAUUGGGAUAGCGGUGUACAGUGCCCAUUGGUGCCUUUUGCAUGUUGAUUGCUGUUGUACUUUUUCUGUUGUACAGAAAUGGCAGGUAUUUUUCCAAAUGCUUGAAGGUCCAUUAUUCUUUUAACUGUUACUUGUUUACUGUUGUUUGCUGAUUGGUUUUACAGUGUUGAUAAAUUCAGCAAGAAGUGAAUGAAUAGACCCGGCACCUAUUUUUCCUAUAAUUAAAUUAUGUUAUAUGUUUUUUUCGGUGGGUUAUUUAUCAUGACCAAGGUACUGUACAAUUGUACAUUUUCAGAUUACCACAAGUUACCAUAGUGCUUACAAUAACCGAGAGACAAUGAAUCUUUUUAAUGCUUAAAGCAAUGAAACCUUGUCCAUGGUUGUUUUUAAGAAGGAGUUAUUGUGAAGUAUGCAUUUGUUUUUCUGUUAUUUUAUUAUUAUUGAAUACAUUCAUAUUUAAUAGAGGAAAGCAGCAUAGUUAUCCAUGGAUUUUUGGCUUAAUGUACUGUUACCUGUGGAAUAUCAAUAUUUUGUAAUUGACAAUAAACCCAAGAACCAAGUA